UUCUUCGUCUAUCUCUCAGAGAAGAUGGUGCUGGACUAUGGAACCCAUGUUAUCACUAGUGUCGAUGCGGGGGCUACUUUGGUGCAGGAAGACUACCUUAGUUCCUCAUACGUGUCGGACAGUGUGGCAGAAAGUUCCUCUAUGAAAGCACAGGCAGGGUUAAACUUUUUUGACAAACUCAAGUUUGACAUAAGCAGUCAAAGUGCCCAACAGAGCUUAUCACUUCAAACGUAUCAGUCCAACAUUCAGUACUCUCUUAUCCAAAGCCACGGUGGCGGCACACCUUUCUAUCCUGGCAUCACUCUGCAGAAGUGGCAGGAAAGUACCAGGAACAACCUGGUGGCUAUUGAUUGGUCAGGAUUUCCCCUGCACUACUUUAUAAAUACCAACACCUUCCCUGACCUGCCACAGCCUACAGUUGGCAAAGUGGCUGUUACAGUGAGUCAGGCCAUAGAGCGAUACUACAAGGUCAACACGCGGCCUGGAUGUGUCAACAUCGACUCCAAGAACUUUAACUUUCAAGCCAACGUUGAUGAUGCAUCCUGUGAGGGCCCCGCUACAAACCUCAGUUUUGGUGGUGUCUACCAGCAGUGUAUUCCCCUUAGCUCAGAUGCAGGUCCUAUAUGUGAUGCCCUGGCCCAAAAAAACCCUGAAACUGGUGACUUCUCCUGUCGUCCGCCUUACUCCCCCAAUUUACUGAGGUCAGAAGAAAGACAGCAGGGUUACACUACGUAUGACUGCUAUGAUGAAACCUACAGUUGUGGGUUUCUUGGGUUUUUCGAUUGCCAUCGUCAAGUGUGUCAGGACAACUACCACGUUCGCUCUGCUCGCAUCAACACCUACUGGUGCUCUGUAAACGGACAGGCCCCAGAAAACUCAGGGUAUCUGUUUGGGGGAAUAUAUAGCCCCUCUCUGCUGAACCCCCUCACCAAUGCCAAAAGCUGCCCCCCGAACUUCAUCCCAGUAAAGUUUCUCUCAGAUGGCCAAGUGAUCUGUGUGAGUAACGACUAUGAAACUGCCACCAGAUAUUCAGUACCAUUUGGAGGCCUCUUCAGCUGUCAGUCAAGCAACCCAUUAGCAGGGUUCCAACGUCGCUGUCCUCCCAAGUUCAGUCAGCACCUCGCUACAGUGAGCGACGGCUGUGAAAUUCUUUACUGUGUCCAGUCAGGACUGUUCACAGGUGGGCAGCUGCUUCCGAUCCAUCUGCCUCCUUUCACUAAACGUCCUCUUGUGAGCAUGCAAGCCACAAACACGGUCCUUGUGAUGACUGAAGGAGAUAAGAGCUGGGUCAGAGUGGGGCAGACCAAGGCGUGGAAACUGGCCAAACCAGAGGAAAUCAAGGACAUUUUAAAGAAGCUUAAUCCUGAACUGAAUCAGAUGUCUAGUGGAGAAAAAGUAGAGGUUGCCUUUGGUGUGAUAGGUUUAAUGGUCCUGGUGGUAUUGGCAGUACUCCUGGUGAAGAGAAGGAGGAGGCUGUCUGGGUUUAGGACAACUAGAGGCUAUUAGCAAAUACGUGGAGAGGUUGAUAGUC